AUGAUUGGGUCAUGUAUAGGAGGAUGGUUAAUUGACAAAUUUGGUCGCAAGGGCAGCAUUCUUAUGUCCGCAGUUCCCUUUGAACUUGGAUGGCUUCUUAUCAGCUUCGCAAAGAAUCACGCCAUGCUGUACGCUGGUCGCAUUAUAACUGGCUUGGCCUGUGGAGUGGUCUCACUUGCUGUUCCAGUAAGUCGUUCUUGAACCCUCUCCUGCGCCGACGCUCCCUUCGGGCAUUCCAAUAAAAAUGCAAUAAUCAAAAAAUAGUAAGCGCGUGAUGGACGAUAGGAAAGAAGAAAAAAGCGGGAGCAUCUCUUUCUGUCUUACCCCUUCCCAUCAUCCUCCUCUCGAGAUAAUUGGUCUUUGAAAAGGUUCGCCGGAGAGAACAGCAGUUUCGCGACGCCACCACUUGUUUCCCUGUAAAAUGUGACGCCUGAGAAACUAGUGCAGAAAUUCCACACUGAUGACGUGUGACUACCCAGAUCUACAAUUCUAGGUAGUGCUUCUGAUUGUCGUGCCUCGUGGGAAAUUUGUCUCAGCCAAUCAGAAGCACUACCCAGAUCUGGGAAGUCACACGUCAUCAGUAUGGAAUUUCUGUGCUCGUUUCUCAGACGUCAUUUCGCAGAGAAACCACUGGUGGCGUCGCCAAAUGUCGGCUGUUCUCUCCGGCGAACCUUUUCAAGGACCAAUUAUCUAACCCUAACGUGUCAUGCCUAAGUAACUGGACAGUACGCACUUAAAUGACUUGUUUUCACCGAUAGCGAAAAAACUCCUAGAAUUUCUUGUGUUUCCAUUUAAAAAAAGCCUAAAAUAUCACAAAUCAGUCACUUGGUUACAGAACUUUGUGUCGUCCAAUUCGGUUUGUAAUGGUACUCGAAUCGGGCUCGGCGCAACGCAGUCGUCCGAUUUUGUUGAUCACUCGUAUGAAUACUGGCUGAAUUGGACUCCACUCAGUCAUAUUACCAUUAUUAAUGGGACUAUGGUACAUUAAUAUUGACUUAAUGCUUCUUUUAAAGAUUUAGCUAAAAUAGAGUUACACUUCGUUGAAAGGAAAUUAACUUUAUAAACGCCCCCUCGAUUAUGCGUCCUCCUGCUAAUUUGCGCCCCUUCUUCUACCCAAGUCGGAUACAGUUAAUUUAUACGGUAGCAACUUCCUUCUUAAGAGGCAGAUCCAGAGGAGGGCCUCCCCCUUAUUUUUAGACUAAACUGAGGUCCGAGGGGCUUGAACAAUUUCCCCCCUUCCCCCCUUAUCUCAGGGUCUGGAUGACCACCAACCGCCCCCCCCGCCCCCUUAUCUGAAGGUCUGGAUCCGCCACUGUUAUUAGGGAGCUUAAGCAGCGACGUUUUUGAGCGACGCACGUCAACCGGAAGUGAGGUAUUUUCCCUCUUAACAUGCCUUGAUGAUAUAAAAUUUGUAUUCCUUAGCUUCUUUACUGUUGUAGAGGCGAUUUGACUGAAAAUUUGCGCGAAACCACCGUCAAAAAAUGAAAAAAGGCCACUUCCGGUUGACGUGCGUCACUCAAAAACGUUGCUGCUUAAGCUCCCUAUUAGGUCUUAUUAGAGAUCUUCAGAUUCGACGACGAGGGAGACUACGAGGACGAGAUUUCACUUGAACUUACCUUGCGUAUUCUAAUAGAAUAUACGCCGCGGAAAGUUUAUUGUACUUUUUUUCACCUAAAAAAUUAGCACGGUUAUUUUCUCUUGAAGGAGGUUAAGCCCGGGGGCGGGGGGGGGGGUACUCCCAUACAUUACCUAUACGGGUAUGUGCCGCCCAACGGGGUCGUGAUUUUGAAGCUCCUGAUUUAGAACGGGGUAUCCAUUUCAGAGGCGUUUUCUAGAACGGGGUAUAAUAUUUCGAACGCACGAAAGCUCCAGUUUUGUAAGCAGCCAUUUGAAAUUAUUCAAGGACAGAUUGCUUUUAAAAAUACGGUUCAAUGCGUUAACAAGCAAACUGUUGUACUCUUUGCACCUUAGAACGGAGUAUAAAAAAUUGGCUCAUUUCUAGAAUGGGGUAUCAGUUUUAGGGCGAAUUCUAGAACGGGGUAUCAAUUUUAGGGGAAUUUUUUUUUAGAACGGGGUGCCAAUUUGGAGUCCCGGGCGGCACAUACCCACCCAAAAAAUACCCAAGUGCUGCGGCCCCACCCCCCGGGGGUUAAGCCCUCUCCCGAUCGCAAACUGAUAAAACUUCUAAAAUUUGAUAACUUGUUUUCGUCAUUACAAGAUUCUAGCUAAAUUUCGUAGUAGAAUGACGACGGCUAUCGCGUUCUCCAGCUAAAAUGAAACUAGCUCAUGCGCGCACUACUUUGUAUUGAGAAAAUCUCUUCUCGUACUCGUUUUCGUCUCAGAAUCUAAAGGUCCCUCUAUUGAUGCUUAGGUGUACAUCGCCGAAAUUGCGCCAGCAAGGCUACGUGGAGCGCUGGGUGCUUCAAACCAGUUAGCCAUUACAUUUGGCUUAUUGCUGUCAUUUGUACUGGGGGUUGUGUGUCAUUGGCAAUGGCUGGCUCUUAUUGGUGCUAUUUUGCCUGUCCUCCUUGUGAUCCUAAUGUUUAACAUGCCAGAGACGCCACGUUGGUCCUUAGGAAAGAACAGACGAACUGAGACUUUAAAUGCUCUGCUUUGGCUACGGGGUCCUGAAGUAGACAUUGUGGAGGAGCUCACAGCCAUCGAAUCUAGUCCAGGUACACAUACUUUCUUAUUGCAAGGGAAGCCCGGGCGGUAUUCACCAAAGUUUUAUGCUUGGAGGCUCCGCCCCGAGGUCUAACUCACCUUUUUAAAUACCAUUUUUGGCAGAGAAGGUACCCCUUUCAUAUACCUUCUAUUGACAAAUGCAGUGGCAGAUCCAGGGGAGGGGAGGGGCCGGGGGGCCCGCCCCCCCCUUUAUUGUUAGACCAAACUGAGGCCCGAAGGGCCGAAAAAAUUUUUUUGGGAGACAGGCACCCCUCUUCUCCCCCCCCCUCCCCCUUCCCAUUAUCUCUGGGUCUGGAUGACCGGGCCCCUCCCUUAUCUGAAGGUCUGGAUUCGCCAUUGCAAAUGGUACCUCUUUCACAUACCUAGUUUAGAACUUUGCAUCCCUUUUACCUUCUGCAAAUGCCCUCUCUUUAAUAAAGGAAUAAACGUCAAAACAAAACGUUUUCUCGACUAUUUCUCAGCCAUAAAAUGCAUCUAUUAUAGUCCUUUUGGGCCUUUUUACAGACCAAGAUUACAGAUUUCCCAACCCUUUCUUACAAGCCUGAAAAAGGGACUCCCUUUCGGUCGGAGCCUUGCUCCCCGUAAACAUGGGACAUGGGGUCUUAUGCCUGCUGGUACACCAGAAGUAGUUAAUCGAUAAGCCCUAUGAUCGAUAUUAAUCGAUGAUUAAUAUCGAUUUCUGAUAUCAAUCGAUCGAAAUCGAUAAAGAUAAAAAAGUUGUGACUUCGAUUAAUAUUGAUGAUUUUCCGAUAGAAAUCGAUAAUGAUUUUUUAUCCAUUCCUAUCGAUUGUUAUCGAUUUUGUUAAUCGAUAAUAAUCGAUACAUAUUAUUUUCCUGUGACUUCGAUUUCUAUCGAUUUCCGAUAUCAAUCGAUUAAUUAAUCGGCAGAUUAAAUCGAUUAAUAUCGAUAAUAUCGAUUGAUUUCCAAUAUCGAUUUUUAUCGAUUAACUACGUCUGGUGGUACAACAACCGUUUUCCAGAUAAUUAAAGAUUAUAAUAUACAGGCCGUUGUAGGGAGUACCCCACCCCGUGUCCACACGAAAACGCUAAAACGAUAGAUAUAAGGCAUCCUAUGCGCAGUAAGGGACAAAGACACAAGAAUACGGUAGAAUCCCUCACGAGCAUGCGUAAUGCUAGCAGCAUAUGAUAUAUGACAUCAUCGUACUUGAAAACCUCCGUUUUUGCCCGUCCACACGUAAAGGCAAAGCCAGCUUUCUCGAAAAUCUUGAAAAUGUUGAAAAGAUGCGUUUUCGGUGACGGCUUUUACAGAAUACGAGUGGACGGUAAAGCCAAACAGGAUGAAAAUUUUUUCAAACAAAAACAGACACGCGUCGACGAGGCUUUAUCACGUUCGUCAGAACGCAUCCUAAUCUGGUGUUCUUGUGGCACAAAGGCAGAAAUUUUCGAGCUGUCACUGGCCACUGCAAAUUAGCCGCCCCUACUAAUUUUAUCAGGGGCAUCUCGGCCGGGAAACUAAAUUCCUUUCGACUUGAUUUCGUUUCCGUAAGUGAUGCACGCGGAUCCGUAAUCAAUGAUUAUCUCUAGUCCUAAUUACAAUUUAGUUACAUUUUUAUUUUCAGAACAACAGGAGAAGCCUUCAUUGCGUGAAUGGUUAUCGCCAGAGUUAGCAAAACCUCUCAUUCUGAGCAUUGGAUUAAUGUUCUUUCAACAAUUUACUGGAAUGAACGCAGUCAUUUUUAACGCGGCAAGCAUCUUCUCAGCAGCAGGUUUCAAAAACGGCAAACUCGUUGGCAUAACAAUAGGCCUGGUGCAGUUUUUGGGUACCUGUCUGGCUUGCUUAAUAAUUGAAAGAACAGGACGACGGAUCCUUUUAUUAAUAUCAUCAAUAACCUUAGCUGUUUCUCAACUUGGUCUUGGCUUGUAUUUUGAAAUCUACAUACCUCCCCAUGAUGAGAGCCAGUCUUCAGACGCGCUAAGCUCCAUAAUUCAUUCCGUAGAAGCAUCAAAGAUCAGCUGGCUGUCCGUGUUCUGCUUAAUUUUCUUCAACCUUGGUCAUGCCCUUGCCUGGGGUCCGAUUCCAUGGCUCGUCAUGUCAGAAAUGUUUCCCCUGCGUGCUCGAGGUCCAGCUGGCAGCAUAUCAGUUCUAUCCAACUGGCUAGCCGCUUUUAUCGUCACCCUUACCUUUAACAGUCUGCAGUCAUCACUUACAGUUCCAGGAGCAUACUGGUUCUAUGCAGGAUGGCUCUUACUGGGGUUUGUCUUUGUUUAUAUACUUAUGCCCGAGACAAAAGGGAAGACGCUGGAGGAGAUUGAGGCUCUGUUUGACAAAAACAAGCGUUCCUACCAACCAAUCGAAUGAGGGCAAGGGAGAUCCCUACGGCGGGAGGCUGAACCCCUCACACGAGAGAUAGUCUCCCGUACGGAAGAGACAGGGGAAGCUCGUUGUGCUGCUUAGGGGUGCAGAUUGCAGGUUUUGGUCUUACUUAGGGUGUUCAGGACGGGAGGCCGAUACUUUUCAGACUCUUAACGAUAAACAGAUCUCUCGGGCUUAGUAUGAAGAAAAACUGAACAAGGCAGUCUGAUACUGCGUUGUAGACAGCACAUGGCAUCUCAACAACUCCAGACUGUUCACAGUCCCCUUUUUUUCGUAUGAUUAUCAAGGGCCCACUGUCACAGAGGUCAUUUUGUUUUAAAAUGUACCGAGGAAGCGGGCCCCGAGGUUUGUAGAGGUGGAAGAAGGGAGGCCUCUUCCCAAACCGACCCUCCUCCCCGUUAGUAGAUUUCAUACUCAUCCUCAGGCUAGACUCGACACAGUUAAAACCAACUAACAGCCUGUAAGGGUAGGUGCUCGCUCCUGACGAUCUUACAGAAAAGUAGGGGACUAUGUAGCCUGAGGAAACAGCCGACAUUUGACGACACUACCAAUGGUUUACGCCAAAUGGCGUCUGAGAAACAAGCGUAAAAAUUCCAUACUGAUGACGCGUCACUACCCCGGAUCUCGGUAGUGCCUCUGAUUGGUCGUGCCGCGUGGAAAAUAUGAUUCGACCAAUCAGAAGCACUACUCAGAUCUGGGUAAUGAGAGUCAUCAGUAUGGAAUUUCUGCGCUUGUUUCUCAGACGUCAUUUGGCGGGAAAACCAUUGGUAGCGUCGCCAAAUGACGACUGUUUUCUCAAGCUAGGGACUUUGAAUAGUCUACAGUCUACAGUCUACAACAACUCUUAUUUGGUCGUCUAUUUCAGUACGGUUUUCAUUAAGGGCUCGCCCCAUGCAAUAAGGGAAUCCGGUUUCCUGAAUCCGGCCAAUUUUUGCUUGUGGAAUCCGGGAUCCUAUACUUUGCAAGGCGGAAUACAGCUCAAGGAAUCCGGAAUCGCACUAACGAUUCCAAUACACAAUUCAGGUUCCACUGGCAAAGACUGGAAUCUUGUAGCUGGAUUGGAAUCCAAGCCGUGAAAUCCAGGAUUCAAGAAUGUCUUGGAUUCCCUUAAUGGGGCGAAGGAGUCAAAUAAAUCUGAUCUAUGCCAUACUUGCCUAAUUCCUUAACUUAAUUGGUUCCCUUCAGGAGUUUAAUGUUCAUUUUCUCACGAGCAAUCCAGUCUUCUUAUAGGGGAACGCCCCCACCCCUCCCCCUUUAUUAUUAUUUUGCGCUGUCUGAAACCAUAGAAUUUAAACAGGUUUUAAAUUAUCCAAGGAAAUAAAAAAGCUUAUCUUGAACAUAGUUCUUUUUUUUUUUCUUUCGCCUAUUAGCUAGCAUGAACUAUAGUUGAAUCUAACUUCGCUGUUUAACUGUCCAAUUAAUUUGACCUGUCUGUUUUCAGGCAGCUUUUCACAGUCGAACAGGUCAAAUCACGCUGCAUCGGCCAAAUUAAGCGAUGAAUAAGGAAUGCUUAAAACCAGACAGAUUCUAGCGUUUCGUUGCUGUGCAGUAACCGUAGAGAGCGGGACAGCAGUUCAUAAUCAAGAAUGGAUUUUUCUGCCUUAAAUCCACCUCCUCUUUUCUGUUUCCUCCCUCGCUCGCGCUCGCGUCCUCGAGAUUUCUCCUUUCCCCCAAAAAAACCGGUGCCGGCUUCGCAGGCUAUUCGUGGAGUGGCAUUCUGUCUAUUCUUGCUAUGCUUUUGAGGCAACACGUCUUCGCGUAACCAAGUAUCGUACCAGUACGAUUGACGUCAAUCGCACUGAUAUCGGUAGCCGGCGAAAACAUCCGUUUCUCCCUAUCUCCCAUGGGGACGUUUCGCACGCGGCGAAGAGCGAGGAGAAACGGAUGUUUUCGCAGGCUAUGAUAUCGGGAAACAUCUUCCAGUUUGGUUCAUCUUCUCAAUUCCCCAUGUAAGGGAGUCGAAGACAGUAUUGAAUUCUCGAUUGCACGCUGUGGAUUCUGCGGGUCUUUCUCAGUAAAACUUCGAUUCCGGAUUCCAAAGGUUCGUGGACAAACUGAGUGGAUUCCGGAUUCCUCGAGCUGUAUUACGGCUUCCUAUGCCCUGGUUGAUUCGGGAUUCAACAAACAAAAAUUUCCCGGAUUCCGGAUUCCACAAGCAAAAUUUCCCCGGAUUUCCUUAAAUGAGGUGAUUCUCAACGCCAACAUUUUUAGCCAGUUUUGAAUAAUAAGCAUGGCGUUUCAGCCAAUCAGAAACUCAGAAAUAUUUUGAAUGAAUAAACGCACGUUACCUGAGUCACUAGGUUUUGACGUCAUGGAUUCCCCAGGGAGCGUUGUUGUCACGCGCUCUCUCACAUGAUCGUUGCUUCCUUUUAUUGAUUGCUGCCGAAUAUUUCGACACCGAUAGUAGUGUAAUGUGAUUCAUUCGAACUUCUAAGAUGGCAAAUUCUGAGUUAGGCGAAAGGUUUUCUAGUUCACAUUCAGUUCAAGCUGACUAUAAGACUGGAAAAGAAAGAAUAGGGCGAGCAAUACUCGCCACGUUCAUAGCCGCCUUGGGCCCGCUUAGUUUUGGCUACUGUUUGGGAUAUUCGUCGUCGGCAUUGAUAGACUUAAAAAAGUCAAACGUAGAUCCUGCAAUUCGUUUAAAUGUCAACCAGGGUUCUUGGUUUUCGGUAAGUUGUUUUGAUGGGUGUUCUGAUGUUUAAUUUAUGACUGAAAUCGCUACUGAUAAUUUCCACCACUUCAAACAAUUUUCAUGGGUUUUCUGACAUUGGCGCGUGAAAUUUCGGCUGGAAAUUUUCAGGGAACUUGACACUCGUGCUGUUUUCCACGCUUUCUCUGUGUAAUUUCAUAAAAUGAUAAAAUAAUCUGUGAGUUCCAGUUUGAACAGGUACGUUCAUGUGGAAUACAAUGUUUGCCAGGCCAAAUCACGAUCACAUGAGGGCCUUCUGAUUGUUGGCUCCGUUUGCCUUUCGAAGGUGUUCCCUCAGAAAUUCCGAGGUUGAGCAAUACUUCUAGAAUCGAAGUGAUUAAAGAAUCGCACGCAUUUUAAGUUUGUUUUAUUUGGCUUAUUUUUAUUCAACAGAAAAAGCAUGGGUAGCUAACGUGUCGUUCGGAGAAAAACAUGUCUAAUUGUUUAUAUUAAUAUAUGUCACUUUUGAUAGGGCUAUUUAAGGUUUGAGUGUAUCCUGCCGUAGGAAACGUGAUCACCUCUAAAGCUCGGUUUUCACUAAGCAUGUGUAAGCAAGUGAAAACUGGGUCGACAUAAGCACAAGCAUAAGCACAAGGAGGUGGACCAAUCAUAGGCCACUUUAACCCAGACUUCAUGCGAACAUAUCAAAACGCUUCGUCCGCCAUCUUGUUUAUCAUCAGGUUGAGGAGAGCUGGUAUCGAGAAUUGAGUCAUGUAUGCCGUUCUGCGCGUGCGUGUGUCCUUAGAAAACCAGGCUUAAGGAGCAGGGGGGGGGUGGGGUUACUUGGUGCUCUAUGAGGGUGAUUAAGCCAGUUGUCAAUGGUUUGAUGAUCCACUGACCUUUUUAGAAGACACUUCAUGUGUAGUUUCAGAAAAUAUCCCCCCCCCCCCUUGUGGAAGGAAAUAGUACUUCUUGGAGGAGGGGUUGUUCAAAAGGAGGCAGUUUCCAAGAGGCUAGGGGUGGCUUCUCUGGGGUUCCAAGUAAGAUUGGCAAGUUAUUCAAAACUGACAGCUGAUCUGUUGAGCAAGCUAUUAGUUGCCAGUGUUUUGCGCCUACUCUUAUAUCUGGCAUACACCCUGAAGAUGCCAGAGGAGGGAUUUAAGCCAGAAGAAAAAACUGAGCCCAUUUUAUAGUUCCGGCAUUACCAUAAAAACCCAAGCAAUAAUUAUUUUUUUGCAUUGACAAUUUUUUUUAGGGUCUGCUGAUUGCUUUUCUUUUUUUUAUGGCCUACACUAUUAGUUCUUUUCAAUACAGCUGUCAUCGGCAUGAGCUCAUAGCUGUUGUUGUCAGAUCAAAUUUUAUGUAGGCAUCAUCGCUGCUGGGUAAAAGAAAUUGCUAGUCAAGGGUAUACAAUGUUAUAUUCCUACUGACUGCAGAAACAGUAACCCACGAAAUUAAAAUUCAUGUUUUUCUUUUUUUGUUUCAUUUUCACUUCAUUCCAGACAAUAUUACAUUAUUUUUGGGAAUAAAUGUGUAGCUAUUGAGGGGUGUUAGGCUAAAGCUACUGUAAAUGACCCAAUAAACACCUACUUCCAAAUAAACUCCUCUCAUAUAAUAAAUGCCCUGUUAAAAUUGUAUUAGACUCCUCUCUCUAAUAAAUGCCAGGCCCUAUGAGAAUUACUUCAAAAUACCAGAGUAUAAAUUAGCAAAAAGGAGCAAAAUCAUUCGAUUAAUUUGGUGUUUGUUUGCUUGAUUAACAAAGCUUAAUGUAUUUGAUUUUGUUCAAUAUCAAGUUCAAAGGAAGGAUAGACUAACAAUGGCAACACAAUAAGCCUGAGCAAGGAGUUUGACAUCAAUGUUGGGAUUUGAAAGAGCUAGAUGGCCUGGAUGUAUCAAUUCAAUGAUGGAGUGGAUAUUCUGCUUUUUUGAAACUCUCGUCAGAUUUUUAUGCCAAAAGCGUAUUAGCCUGCGCGCAGACGAAAUUAAACUCUGGUUAACUCCGUCUGCGAAACAGCGCCAAAAUCCUUGUUCUGGACUUCCAGCUGUGUACCCAGAUUUGAGUACGCGUCACGAUUGGCCAGUUAAAAAAAGCCUUUGUUUUGUUUGUCGUGAUCGCCAAUCAGGGUGAAGGGGAAUUCGAAACGCACUUCCGGUAAUUCGUUGAGUCUGUUGGGGGUCAAGAACAAGGAUCUCUGCGCUGCUUUGCAGACGGUACUAAUCGGAGUUUAGUUAUCUUCUGCACCCAGGUUAAAAGCAUAUUAGUUUGAGUUAUGAGAGUAAACACCUCGGGCUAUCUCUCAAACGCCCCUGCUUGGACUCUAAAAUUAAAUAGAUGCCCCGGGCUAAGGUCAUUUAUGGUAUUAAUUUUUUUGUUACUGUAUGUUGAUCAGGAAAAAGGAUAUAAAAAAUGUUUCUCUCCCUAAGGUAUUUUCAAAUUUUCCUUGCAGUCAUUGGUCACUCUAGGUGCGAUUUUUGGUGGUCCUAUCAGUGGAUGGGCAAUUGACAAGUUUGGUCGCAAGGGUUCCAUACUACUCUGUGCAGUUCCUUUUGAGUUGGGGUGGCUUCUCAUCAGCAAUGCGCAGAAUCGUGCCAUGCUUUAUGCUGGUCGCAUUAUAACAGGCUUGGCCUGUGGAAUGAUUUCACUGGCUGUUCCGGUAAGUUGCUCUCUGGGGAGGCAUGGGGUACUCUGGAUUUCAAGUGACAGGGAUGAUCAAAUGGGGGCAAAAAUCAAAGCCCAAAAAAAUCCCUAGGGCUUCAAACAAAAUCCCCAAAAAUCCCAUGCCCAAUUUCCCAGCCAUAAAAAUUUCCAGAAAACAUUAAAUGAUAUAUAUCUAUCAUGAAUCUUCAGAUUGUUAUGAGUGCCCAAAAACAUCUCUACCUAAAUCAAGUUGCCCCAAAAAUACUUGCUAAAAUUUUCCUACUCAAAAAAAUCCCAAAAUCGAAAAUUUCAAAGCCAAAAAAGUCCUUCGAUCAUCCCUGUCACUUGAAAUCCAGAGUACCCCCCUGCUCCCCACCCCUGGUGGUUGUUCUACAAUGAGUCCGAGAGUCUCUCAGCUUUGCAUAAUACCAUAAUCUGACAGUUAUCAGAUUUUGACCACCUUUGAAAUGGCAUCUUGUAGAAGUGAGCAUCCCCACCCCCCUCCAGCUGGGUGGGUAGUGUUCAAUUCAAUUUUUUCCCACAAUAAUUGUAAACAUUUACCAUAAUCAAUUAUUGUGCCACUUACAGACAAUACACUGUAAUUUAUUAAUGAUUGGCACACCACUAAUGUAAGGCUUUCAUUGGAAAGGUGCACCCUAUACCAGUGUUCUUAGGAUAAUUAUCUUUUGAGCAAUAAAAACCAAAAAGGUAGAACUUAGGUUGAUUAUUAUUUUAGGACUUUUUGAUUUUAAGUCUGCAAUGAGUUCUAACUUGAAUUAAUUUUUUUAUCUGUUUUGAUGUCCAGGUGUACAUUGCAGAGAUUUCGCCGGCAAGGUUACGUGGUAUGCUGGGUUCUGUUAACCAGUUAGCAGUCACCGCAGGCCUUCUAUUAUCAUAUGUAAUGGGUGUUGUGUGUCACUGGAAAUGGCUGGCUCUCAUUGGUGCUAUUUCUCCUGCCCUGCUUGUUGUUCUUAUGUUUGCCAUGCCAGAGACGCCGCGCUGGACCUUAGGGAAGAACAGACGGAGUGAUGCACUAAAAUUUCUGCUUUGGUUACGGGGCCCUGAUGUUGACAUUGAAGAAGAAUGCUUUGCAAUUGAAGCUACUUUAGGUAGAUCAAAAUAAUUAUUAUUUUUUGUUUUCAUUUAAGGAGGGCAACCCCAAUUUAUGACAGAUAAUUGAAUUGUUUUCUUCUCUUUUAUUUUUUUACACCCAGCAGUAAGCUGUUUUAUAAUCAUCAUCAUUGUCAUAAUAUUGAAGUAAACAGCACAAUUUUUUCAACCCUUGCUUUUGUAUUAUUUUGAUAAUUCAACAGCAGAUAUUUUUUAUUAUUUGUGGUAAUCAUUUUAAAUAUUUCUUUGUUUCAGAGUGGCUAUAAUGUGCCAGUUGUUGUUUCUUUUAUUCCCUGGAAGUUUUACAUCUUUCAUCCAAUUACUUUGAUGGUUGUUAGAAUUAAUUCUUGUUUGCUUUGCAGAUUGUCAGGAGAAACCUUCAUUACGUGAAUGGUUGUCACCGGUUAUAGCAAAACCUUUGAUCAUCAGCGUUGGAUUAAUGUUCUUCCAACAGUUCUGUGGAGUUAAUGCAGUUCUCUUCAAUGCUGCGAGCAUUUUUAGUCAGGCUGGUUUUUCAGAUGGCAAACUCGUUUCCAUUGCCAUUGGCUUGGUCCAGUUCAUUGGCACUGGUUUAGCAUGUUUGGUCAUGGACAGAGCAGGACGACGAAUCCUGCUGUUAAUCAUGGCAAUAGGCAUGUCAGUCACUCUUGUGGGCCUUGGCUUUUAUUUUGAAGUCUAUAUUCCAAAAAAUGAAACCUCCUCGGCUGAUGCCGUGUCUCUGGUUGGUUCCAUAAACCACUCUGUAGAAGCAUCAAAGAUCAGCUGGCUGUCCAUAUUGUGUUUAGUUUUGUUUAACCUCUUUUUUGCCCUAGCUUGGGGUCCAGUACCGUGGCUUGUCAUGUCAGAAAUAUUUCCCCUUCGAGCUCGUGGCCCAGCUACAAGUAUUGCAACCAUGGCCAACUGGCUGCUUGCUUUUUUGGUCACCAAAAUGUAUGAUCCCAUGGUUGCAUUUCUGACCAUCCAAGGUACAUAUUGGUUUUUUGGAGGGUGCUCUUUCGUAGGAUUUAUAUUUGUGUACUUCCUCAUGCCAGAGACAAAAGGAAAAACAUUAGAAGAGAUUGAAGCUUUGUUUGACAAAGGCAGACAUUCUUAUCAGCGGAUUGAUUGAAGUGAUCAGGAAGACUUUAAUAUUGCUUUCCAGAUCUCCCAUGCACAAAAUUGCUUAAUUUAAGGAAACUUUCUCUCAUAUUUUCUUGUCAAUUUGUUGUACAAAAGCAAACAUUCAGUAAACUCUUAUCAGGGGAUUAACUGUGAUGACCUGUGCACUUUGCAAAGUGCUGUUUACUUGCAGACAAAAUUGCCUAGGAAUAAUUAUUAUUUAUUUCUUGUAUUGUUUGUCAAAUUAUAUUAUUGCGGACGCAUAUAAUUAAGGUGAAAAGAACAGUAGUCUGAAACAAAAUUGCCUAGUAGGAAUAUUUAUUUCUUGUAUUGUUUGUCAAAUUAUUACUGAACAACGCAUCUUCAGUGGAAAAAAGAGGUGGGAAUCUUCAUCGCAGUGGUCAAAACUUGAAGACUUAAUCACUCCAUAAGACUCAAAAGUUGGAACUGUACAAGUUGUAUCACAAUAAGGGUUGCUUUUUAUUAUCAAAUGUACAACAAGACAGGAUUGUCGCUAAGUUUUCAAGUUGCUGGGUAAAUACAACAAGUAGGCAUUCUAUUAUUCCUCUAUUUUCCAAUGAAAGUAACCGGGGGCCACAUUCAUAGUAUCCCUGGACCUGUCGAGCUCUUAAUGACAGCCCUGUGAGUUUUGCUUUACCAUGUGGUUUUUUGACUUGAUGAGACAUGAAUUACUUGUUUGUUUGAGAUCUGUUCAUGUUAGGAUUAAUUAUUGGUAAUGAAAAUUGGAG